UGGAAAUGUGAGUUUUCCUUUUUCUAUGAAUCAGUCACAACCUGAUUGUGGAUUGUACACUAUACAUUGUGAUGUUACUCCGAAUCCAACAAUUCACCUAGGAGAAAAUGCUUAUAGUGUUCUGCAAAAACGGUCGUUUGAUCGUUUUCGAGUUUUAGACCAUAGGCUUCAUGACUUAUUGGCGAAAAACAGUUGUCAAUCUUUCGAUCGAAGUAUAUCGUUUCCAAGUUCUCCUUCUAUCUCGUUUAGAAUCUACAAACCCCAUCUUGCCUUGUUUAGAUGCAAUGACAGUCUAGAUAUUGAUGCGAGCAUGAAUGAUCAUUAUUUUCGCGACUAUCAGAACUAUACUAAAUGUAGUGGCUUCAACAUAUACUACACGAUUCCGAAUAGUGAACGGGAAGGUUCCUCGGAUUCACCAGAGGGAGAUAUUCCGGAUAACUGUUCAUUGAUUCAAUUGCCUUGGAGGUCAAGCUCAAACGCUCAAAAUAGUAGUAGCUUGUUUGAUCUCAUUACUGCAAAUUUUACAAUUCAGUGGACCCUGUCUGAUGAUUGUAGUAAUUGUUACUCUCAAGGAGGAGGUAGAUGUUUAACUGACAACAAUAACAAAUUUCUUUGUUCCACCUAUCCCCCAAAGCCAAAAGAAAGUCGAAACGUACUCUAG